CAGCCAAACCGGAAGUCUUCCCAGGUUUGUGCGCAAUGCUUUGAAGGUACAGGGACAAACCGGAUGACGAGCUACCAUAUAGCUUAUAGGGACAGAAAUAAUCAAAUAAGUCGUUUUGUUUUUCAGCAAAACCCCAGUAGACAUCACAAGACCGAUGUUCUUGAUCUACGACCAAAGAGGCAAGUGUAAGAGAGACAGAGCCAGGAGGAGAAAAUCCUUUGGCGGUGCAUAAUAACCCAACAUAACGUUACUGCAGCGCCUUCUAACGUUACAAUAAAAAUCACCGCAACGCCGCUAACGUUAACGUUAUCUUAAAUCCUGCUGUGCAAUAGUAAUCAUACCGGAGUGGCCCCCAUGCAGAAAGGCUUAACGUUAUAUUGCCAGGCCCGAAGAGGGAGAGGCUCCAGGAGGCGGCACGGGUAUCAGUCCGCUCUUUUGUAGUAGUCGUUCCCAAAUUUGUGAUAAUAAUACAUACUGGUAGCGGUAAUAACACGAGCUAUAAACUAAACUUUAUUAUCUAUUACAUGUCAGUGUUCAACAGGUGGCUCCGUGGCGCAAUGGAUAGCGCAUUGGACUUCUAGUCAAACACUUGAGCAGUGAUUCAAAGGUUGUGGGUUCGAGUCCCACCGGAGUCGCAUUUUUGAAAAGUUAUGUUUGUUGUCACUAACAUUUUAGUUACUCAUUUAUGUAUACUCUAAAUUGUGUAUUUAUGGAUUUAUUUCAGUAUUUGUGUAUUUAUUGCGGCAUUUAUUUAUAUGUUAACUGUAAAACUGUACAAUGAACCCAUAUCGUGAACUCAAUAACUGCAAGAAGUUUGUGUAAAGUGAUUUGGAUAAAUUUGGAUUAUUUCUGGUUUAGGGAAAUUUUUUCUGUAUUGUGUGUUUUUUAAAUAAUUCUUGACAAUCAUACACACUUAAUAGGCUUCUUUUUGACCAAUUCAUUGUUUUCUUAUCCCUGACACUUGCCAUCCCUGCCAUCGUUCUGUCAAAGAAGCGAACCUGAUGCUGAGAUACAUCCUACUGUGUAUAUUCUUUAAGUUUUCUAGGACACAUUAAAAUCAAGGUCUCACGACCCCCAUGAAGCUUUGCUGACCCUUUGUGGGGGGUCCCGACCCUGAGGUUGGGAACCACUGAUACAGCCAAAAGACAACUUAACAUCAUACAAACAGAUAAUUGUUGUAAUGGAGUUUUUAUGGUUGCUGGGGAUUAAAAUAAAAUCUCUUUUUUUUUAUUAUCUCAAUUUACUAAUUCUGUCUGUACCCUGACAUUAAAUAAGGGAAUUUACUGAAGCUCAUUGGGAGUGUGCAGUUUGUAGGUUCAAUAUGAGGCAUUGGGUACAAACAGGAGACGAUGACUAUGUACUCCAACCACUAGAUGGAAGCCAUCUUAUAAAGCGUCCAUGUACAGUCUAAUAAUCUCCAGCCACAGCGAAUCACAGUGAUAAAAAGCAGUGAAGUGAUCAAACAGGGCAAAGGAGAAGAGAAAGGAAGUCAGAGAGACUGUCCACACACAGUGAGACAAGAGAGUGCUGCAGUUUGAUUCAUCCGUCCAUCAGGUCAGGGAUUAUGGGAAUGCUGAGGACAUCAGUGGCCUUUCUUCUUCACCUGGCUGCCUCUCUAGCGGCCCCUGUGCCAUGCGAGGAGAAGGUUGUCCGCCUUGAAGCAGAGAUCCAGGGUCUUAUGAAUGUGAUCGACGACCAGCAUCGCUACAUCCAGGAGCUCCACAACAGCCAGACCCAGCAGCUGGAGCACAUACCCAACUCCCACCUGGGCCCUGAGAACCUCUCCAAAGACUGCUCCGAGGUGUUCGCAGACGGUAACGUGGCCAGCGGGCUGUACGUGAUCCGUCCAGGCGGCUCCCCCACCGCACUGAGCGUCUACUGCGACAUGAACAACGGAGGAGGCUGGACCGUCUUCCAGAGGAGGAGAGACGGCAAAGAGAGCUUUGACAGAGCGUGGGUGGAGUACAAGCACGGAUUUGGAGACCUCUUCUCCCCUGAGGGAGAAUUCUGGUUGGGCAAUGAACCUCUACACCAUCUCACCUCACAGGGAAACUACGACCUGCGGGUCGACAUGGAGGACUUUGAGGGUAAUCAGCGCUACGCAGAGUACAAGAACUUCAAAGUGGACGAUGAACAGGACCAGUACCAGUUACAUUUGGGAGACUACAUUGGGAAUGCAGGGAACGCCCUGGCCGGUCCAGGCUCGGGGUCAAGCGGGAUCAAAUUCAGAACCUACGAUCAGCUGAACGACGGCGACGCUGAAAACAAUGACGCUGGGUGUAUCCGACACAGCAAGUCGGGCUGGUGGUUCAGCAGGUGUGAUUCAGGCAACCUGAACGGUCAUUACUACAAGGGGCCGUACGAAGCAAUGACCGACGACGGCGUGGUGUGGUACACCUGGCACGGCUGGUGGUACUCCAUCAAAUCCGUGGUAAUGAUGGUACGAGCCGCCGACCUCGAGCAUCUGCCGCCAGUCCUCGCCCCGUUACCGGGAGGACUCGAGCCCAGCACAGCAGCAGGCGACAGCGUUGGUCCUCCACAGGACCAAUAAGCUGAGAGCAACAUGUAUCCUGGAAAGCUUUCCUGUUUUUAUAUCUGACUUAAUUCACAUCCGUUACAGGGUACAAAGAAACCUCUCCUGUAUUCCCAAAAAAAAUAAUACCACUGAAUACUCGAAAUAAAACAAUGUUGCUUUCUCUUA